CACACACAGUUACCCGGCCAGAGCUGACCCAGGGAUCAGAGCACGGUUUAAGCCCGGUGAAGGUGAGGCUGCAGCCGGGUCACAGCUGAUCCACGUGCCGCUGUGUGGAGCCCUGCUGUUGGAGGUCCCAUACUCCGGGUCGGUCAGUCGGUCGGACUUGGCCGGAGAAGCAGCGCUAUGGCUCGGGAGAACGGAGACACCGGCAGAGGAGAGACGUGGAAGAAACAGGAGGACGACAUCAAGAAGAUUUUUGAUUUUAAAGAAGUCCUCGGCACAGGAGCAUUUUCUGAGGUGAUCCUGGCCCAGGAGAGACUGACGAGCCGGAUGUUUGCGGUGAAGUGCAUCCCUAAGAAGGCGCUGAAGGGGAAGGAGAGCAGCAUCGAGAACGAGAUCGCCGUGCUGAGGAAGAUCAAGCAUGAGAACAUCGUGGCCCUGGAGGACAUCUAUGAGAGUCCUGACCACCUCUACCUGAUCAUGCAGCUGUGAGUUCAUCUUUAAUGUCAUUAGAUCCGUAUAGCAGCUGAUGAGUAC